UGCUCUUCUCGGCUUGUACUUCCAGUGUUCUGAUUGGCUGUGUCUCAGCCCACACACCCCUCUUACCAACGCUGUCUGACCUGGAACCAGAAACAGGCAUUCUCGGCUGUUUGGAGUGUCGGUUGUGAUCAGAUUUAAAAGUUUUUUCAGUGGUAAUCCCUCCGUCAAACUAAUGGCUGUGGAAUCAAGAGUCACCCAAGAAGAAAUUAAAAAGGAACCAGAAAAUACAAUCGACAGAGAAAAGACUUGUCCUCUGUUGUUGCGAGUGUUUACCACGAACACUGGCAGACAUCACAGAUGGGACGAGUUUGCCAGGGGGAACGUCCCGUCCAGCGAGCUCCAGAUCUACACCUGGAUGGAUGCUACCCUGAAGGAACUGACCAGCCUCGUGAAAGAGGUCUACCCAGACGCUCGAAAGAAGGGUACCAAUCUUGGGUUUGCCAUAGUCUAUCCUGACCCAAAAAGGCAAGGCUACAGGGUGAAAGAAAUUGGCAGCACGGUGUCGGGCCGGAAAGGAACAGACGAUCUAAUGACGCUGCAAUCCCAGAGCUUUAAGAUCGGAGACUACCUGGACGUCACCAUAACGCCACCCAACAGAGGGCCUCCCUUCCCUGGCCGUAUGAGGCCCUACUGACAGCCUUUACCCCCACAAACACAAACACACACACACACACACACACACACACACACACACACACACACACACACACACACACACACACACACACACACACACACACGAUGCUCAGAUAUUUUACUUUUUAUAUUUGUGUGCCAGAACUCAUUUUCUGCCAACUCGGACAGAAAAACUACUUUACAUUAAAGUUUUUGUUUUUA